CUUGCCUGUUCCGGGCAUCGGAGUCGGGUCGCAUUUGAACUUCACCAUUGAGGAAGAUGCUUAGGAACUAACAUUACAAAAUCGUGUACUGGUCUUUGAAGAUUUGAAAUCGUACAAAGUGUUCAGUGUCAACUCAGCCGAGUGAGCAGUCAUCUAGCAGAGGUCAAACCAAAAACACUUCUCCUUCACUUCCAAACGUCUGUUAAGCAAUGGCCCUCAUUGAAAAUGCCAUGUCGCCCCCUUCGACUUCACAUCAACUAGAUACGAGCUCGUCCGCCAUGAGCAAUUCCAUCUCACCUGAAGACUACCAAGAGAUCGUCGAGCGAUACAAUGACACACUCGACACCACGAUUCUUGGGCACAGCUUGCCUCGUCUUCUCCAAAACACCGCAGAAAGGCAUUGCGACAAGAUUGCCAUGAUAUGCGGUGACGAGAGAGUAACAUUUAAAACACUCACAACACUCGCAACACAGCUUACCCGCGUUCUGGUAACCCGAGGCAUCGGGCGUGGUGAGGUCGUUGGAAUCGCCUUGGACCGUUCCAUCGACCUCGUCGUAGCGCUGCUGGCCGUAAUGAAGACGGGCGCAGCGUACAUGCCCAUCGAUCCUGGCUUCCCUACAGACCGCAUCAGGCACAUGAUCGAGGAUGCAAGCCCAAUACUUGUCAUCGCCGGCGCCAGCACACGACUUGCUUCUCAAUCCUGGGGAUGCGCGACGCUGGAUCUCGAUGAGACACGCGAUGAGAUGGCAGACUCGGAGUCUCAAAUAAGCAGCGUGGACACGGAACCAAAGGCAGAAGAUCUCGCAUACGUUAUUUACACUUCUGGCUCUACUGGUAAGCCAAAAGGUGUAGAAAUAAGCCACGGAGCGUUGUCGAACUUUUUGUGCGCAAUGCAACAGGAGCCAAGAUGUGUGGAAACAGAUCGGUUACUUGCCAUCACAACGAUAUCAUUCGACAUUGCAGCGUUAGAAGUCUUUCUUCCAUUGCUGUGUGGCGCAACGAUGAUCAUGGCCCAGGCGCACGAGAUUAAGGAUCCAGAGGCCACACUCAGAUUGAUUCAGCAACACGACAUUACCAUGAUGCAGGCAACACCUGCAACGUGGCAGAUGCUGCUGGAUGCUGGUUGGAAAGGAGAUCCGCGUCUCUCCAGAAUCUUGUGUGGCGGCGAAGCGCUGUCUCGUAGGCUCGCCGACCGGCUACUAUUGUGUGCAGAGGCAGUGUGGAACAUGUAUGGCCCGACUGAGGCGACAGUCUGGGCGAGCAUCUGGAGAGUAUUCCCAGGAAAGGACGUGGUCAUUGGAAAGCCCAUCACCAACUAUCGACUCUACGUACUUGAUGAAAGCCUUGACCCAGUACCCUUUGGGUGCGCUGGCGAGCUAUACAUCGGCGGAGUAAGCUUGGCCAAUGGGUACCGCAACAUGCCUGAAGUUACCCAAUCGCGUUUUGUUCAAAAUCCCUUCCACAGUGGUCUUAUAUACCGUACCGGUGAUAUAGCCAAGUUCGAUGGUCCGGAUAGGUUGAUCGUAUUAGGCCGCGCCGACGGGCAAGUAAAGAUACGAGGUCAUCGAAUUGAGCUGGGCGACAUCGAGGCAGCAAUAACCGAUCAUAGUGACAUCCUAGACGCUGUCGUGGUUAGCCGGGAUGAUAGACUGAUAGCGUAUUGCAUAAACGUCGAUGGCGAUAGCAGUGACGAAACCGAAGAGAAGGCGACACUUGAGAGUCUACUGCGUCCAUGGUUAGCGCAGCUUUUACCAGCGUAUAUGAUGCCAGCUUUCUUUGUCGGCCUCAAGUCAUUUCCUAUGACGCCGAAUAAUAAGAUUGAUCGAAAAGCCCUACCAGAUCCAAAGAUUGCAGUGCAGCCCAAGAUCAGCAGGCCGUUAACCGAUAUGGAGGAGAAGCUCCGGCUGAUCUGGUCAAGAGUCCUGGGUCACAACUGCAUCGGACCUGACGAUAAUUUCUUCGAGAUAGGCGGCGACUCUGUGCGGGUCGUUCAGAUGCAAAAACAGGUGCAAAAGCUGGUUAGCUGGAAAUUGUCUCCAGCCCGGCUUUACCAACAUUACACUAUUAAGACAUUAGCAACAUACCUAGAAAGGGGGGGAGAAACCACACCGGACCCUAGAGUUUCACAGGGCCAUCACCUAAAACCAUAUGACGAGGAUAUCGCUAUCGUAUCGAUGGCGUGCAGGCUGCCAGGUCAAGUCUCAUCCCCGGAAGAGUACUGGGAUCUUCUAGAGCAUGGUGCCGAUGUCAUAACCGACGUGCCAAAAGACCGUUGGGACGCCGAUGCCCUCUAUGAUCCUAACCCAGGCACUCCAGGUAAAUCAUACUGCCGGAGAGGUGGAUUUCUUGCUUCUGUUGAUGAAUUCGAUGCAUCGUUCUUCGGCAUCUCGCCCAAAGAGGCGCGGGCCAUGGAUCCUGCGCAACGUAUCAUGCUCGAGGCGUGUUGGGAAGGCUUUGAGCGGGCCGGUUAUACAGAUAGGCAGCUGCGAGGUAGCCGUACAGGCGUUUAUAUGGGGGUUUGCAGCAUUCCAGCACACUCGACAGCGCCGUGUUUGCAGGAGCUCGGUGGGUACGAUGCAACAGGCUCAGCGGGAGCCACUAUGUCUGGUCGCCUUUCAUACGCUCUUGGUCUCGAAGGGCCAGCCCUCACGGUAGACACAGCGUGCUCCUCGUCUCUUGUCACAACACAUCUGGCAUGUAAUGCGCUUCGUCAAGGCGAGUGUGAUAUGGCUGUAUCCGGUGGAAUCACACUUUUGCUCACUCCUGGGAUGCACGUCGAGUUCAGCCAGCUCAAAGGCAUGUCUCUUGACGGGCGAUGUCGAGCAUUUGCAGAAGAUACACAGGGGACAGGCUGGGCUGAGGGCUGCACAAUGGUGCUGCUGAAGCGGUUAAACGACGCUGUCCGAGAUGGCGACAAGAUCCACGCGCUUAUUCGGGGCACCGCUGUGAAUCAUGGAGGAAGAAGCGCCCCGGGUUUGACAGUGCCGAGCGGAAUAGCGCAACAACGACUUGUGCACGCAGCAUUAGCUUCAGCAAAUCUGGCACCUAGCGACAUCGAUUACGUCGAAGCACACGGCACUGGAACUAAAUUGGGAGAUCCCAUUGAGGGAACAGCACUGGCCGAAGUGUUCAGCGGAAGUCGAUCAACUGAAUCAGAGCCGCUGUGGAUCGGUUCAGUAAAGUCGAAUAUCGGGCAUACACAAGCAGCGGCUGGCUUGGCUGGACUGCUUAAAGUUAUUCUGGCGAUGCAACACAACAAGAUUCCGCGAACUCUGCAUGCUGACAAACCAACAUCAGCGGUGGACUGGCAGGGUGCUAACAUGGCGCUUGUACAAGAACCGCAGCCGUGGUUACCACAAGCAGAUCGGCCUCGAAGAGCAGGCAUUAGUGCAUUCGGCAUUGGCGGUACUAACGCCCAUGUUAUCAUAGAAGAAACUCCACCUACGAAUGAGGUUUUGAACCCCUUGCUGGCUUCACUGCCAGCUGGGUUUCCAUUCCUGCUUUCAGGCCACACUGAAGCCGCUCUUCGCCAACAGGCAGAGAAGCUGCGACGAUACAUCGAGAGUGCAGAAGAAAUCCAUAUAGAUCGUUUUGGUGGCGUGGCUUUCUCACUGGCAACGACCAGAAACCAUUACCGACGGCGAAGAGUCCUCGUGGCCAAAGACAAGGCAGAGCUCAUGUAUAAACUGGGUUCGAUGAUGGGGACAAGUGAACAUGCUGCCGAUCCAUGUAUAGCCGUCCUUUUCACCGGUCAGGGAAGCCAAGUUGCGGGCAUGGGUAGAGACCUUUACGACAUGUACCCCGUGUUCCGCAACGCUAUAGACGACAUAGCGGCCCAUUUUACCGAACUAGAGAUGCCACUGAGGGAGGUGAUGCACGCCGCUCCAGAUAGCGAAGCUGCCACACUGCUGCAGCGCACAGAUUUUGCACAGCCGGCCCUCUUUACGUUGGAAGUGGCUCUUUGGCACCUGUGGAAAAGUUGGGGUGUAGCGCCGAAUUAUAUCCUCGGCCAUAGUGUAGGAGAGCUAUCAGCAGCGCAUGUCAGUGGGAUCCUGGACCUCUCAGCCGCCUGUCGUCUGGUCGCGGCACGCGGCCGAUUGAUGCAGGCUGUCCCAAUCCGUGGUAGCAUGGUUGCAUUAGAAGCCAGUGCAGAAGAGGUGUCAAGAGUGAUGGAUACCAUUGGGGUUGUCUACAAGGUCGAUAUUGCAGGACACAACACGCCAUCGCAAACUGUGGUGUCUGGCGAUUGUGACGCUGUUGACAAGUUGGUCGCACACUUUACUGAUCUGGGGCGCAAGAAGAAUGUACUCGAUGUGUCGCAUGCCUUCCACUCGCAUCAUAUGGACUGCAUGCUUGCAGCAUUCCAAGCCGUGGCUGAGAGUGUACAAUUCGAUCCACCCAAGCUACGGAUAGUGAGUAGCCUGACAGGCAAGCUCGUUGAGGCGGAUGAACUUCAACAAGCUGACUACUGGGUCUCACAAGCACGCCGCGCAGUUCGUUUUGCGGAUGGCAUCCAGACACUUCAACAGCAGGGGGUCAACAUAUUCCUGGAGCUGGGGCCGCAAGCUGUUUUGACCGGACUGGGAGCGGCGUGCCUUGCAGCAAAUCAAUCAGUUGCCUGGCUGCCAUCACUAACCACCCGGAAGCCCGGCGCGUGGACGAUGCAGAGCAGUCUUGCUGAGAUGCACGAACGCAUGGUGCCUAUAAGCUGGCAUGAUUACUUUGAGUCUCUAGGCUACUGUGAGCGGGUGGAGCUGCCGACAUAUGCAUUCCAGCGAGAACGCUUUCCUUGUGCUCGCAGAAAUUUCAAUGUUGAUACUAUACAGAAACACGGCCAGGAUCAGCACCAGGCCCUCAGUGCUGUGGAUCGAUUUGCGUUUGAGGUAUCGUGGCAGCAGGCUGACGUUUCGAACUUGACCAAGGGAGGCUCAUGGGGCUUGCUGUAUGCGAUUCCUGAUAGGGAUCAAGGGUGGGUCAGACGAGUUGAAGUGGGCCUUGUGUCUGCUGGUCUGAACGUGCAACGCAUUGAGCGGCUGCAAGAUGGCCGAGAGCUUGACGGAGUGUUGUGCCUGUGGAAUGCGGAAACGGACUCUGAACAUGUCGCAGACGAGGCACGAGAGCUGACUGUCAAAGGUUUGGCACAGUUGCAGAGCGCCGUAAGCACACAGUUCAUGCCGCAGCUGCUGUGGGUGACGCGCCAAGCGGUCGGUGCUAGCGUGAAUGCACGUGACGACGACCAUUAUUCUGGGACUGGAUUGGCUGCCGGGCCGUUAUGGGGCCUGAUGCGUACGGCCCGUAGCGAGCAUCCCGAUCUGCAUCUGCGCCUCAUUGACGUCGACUACCACUACGACGACAAUAAUGCCAACGACAACAUCGAUGUCGAUGCCCUUGCGGCGGCGUUGGCGCUUAGAACGGAGCCUGAAUGCGCAGUCCGCCACGAACACGUCUUAGUACCCCGGUUACAACCCAUCUCUAUGCCACGGGAACUGCUACCCCCUACCCAGCAGCAACAACCUAUGGUCCGUCCAGAUGGCGCCGUUAUCAUCACAGGUGGGCUAGGCGAUCUUGGUGCAAGAGUUGCGCGAUGGCUGGCGAGCACAUAUGGCGUACGCACUCUGGUCUUGACCUCGCGCCGUGGAAUGGCAGCGCCGGGUGCGCAGGCGCUCGUGAAUGAUCUUGCUGCGCUAGGCACCGAAGCUACCGUCGUUGCUUGUGACAUGGCAGAUCGCCAGAGCGUCCAGCAACUCAUGGCCAUGUUUGACGACAACAAGACGCCUCUACGCGGUGUGGUACACGCCGCCGGCGCACAAGAUAAUGGUGUCCUCCGUUCCUUGACGCCGCAGCGAUGUGCUGCCGUCUUUGCCCCCAAAGUAGACGGCGCUUGGCAUCUACACCAACUGACCCAGCAUCUCAGCCUUGAUUUCUUUGUCAUGUUUUCAUCCAUCUCCGGAGUCCUGAGCAUGUCUGGGCUCGCCAACUACGCUGCAGCAAAUACCUUCCUGGAUGCCCUGGCAUAUUUGCGUCGUGCCCAAGGUCUGCCCGCCACAUCUGUGGCUUAUGGCCCCUGGGAGGGUGAUGGUAUGGCAGCCAACAUCAUUGGUCCCACCCGGGCACGUCUUGCUCAAUCUGGCCUUGACAUGCUUGCCCCGGAAGACGGUUUGGCGCUACUUGAACAUGCUGUACGUAGUCGUCGUACCCUCACCGUCGCCGCUGCCUUGGACCAACCUCGUUUGAAGAACUAUCACCGGGAACGAGGCGACAAUCCUCCGUUUCUGCAUUCACUUCUCAGCGGGGGCGACGCGGUUGAGCAACAACUGCAUCCAGGCUACCAUCUGCGUAAAGAGCUACUUCAUGCAGGCCUUGGGCAGCGACCUCAUCUCAUGUUAACCAUGCUUCAAGAUACUGUAGCCAGAGCAUUAGGCUUCACAAAACCGAGUGAUGUUCAUGUCGAUAAACCUCUACACGACAUCGGCAUCGACUCGCUGACUGCGGUCUUGAUACGCAAUCAACUAGCUAACCUGACAGGCAUGCCAUUAACAGCCAACAUUACAUUCCAGCACCCAAACCUCAAAGCCCUUGGCCAGACCUUACUUUCAGAGCUGAAUUUGGAUGACAGCGAAUCUGGUUCCUCGCUUGGGAGUAGCACGGCCACUACCACGCUCAUGUCCGACAUGGUCCCGUUGCUUGACCUCGAAGCCAUCAAGAGGGGCUGUGUCGAUCCCAGCUUCACCUUUAAGAAUGCAGUCGAAGCCCCCGCGUCUCCUUCAUCAGUCUUCGUCACGGGUGCCACAGGUUUUGUUGGUGCUCACAUCACUCAUGAUCUGUUGGAGCUUGGUAUCACUGUCUACUGUUUAGUACGCGCUGAGACCGAUGAUGAAGCUAUGGAACGUUUGACGGCAACCCUAGCCAGCUACAGCCUUUGGAGCCCGGAAUACACACCACUGCUCCAUCCUAUUGUUGGAGACAUGUCCCAACCUCUUCUCGGCUUGCCGGAACACAGCUUUGAUUUCCUUGCAGAUCAUGUCGAUGCCAUCUGUCACUCAGGCGCACUUGUAGACUGGAUGCGCCCACUCCAAGACUACAUCGGUCCCAAUAUGGUGAGCGCGCACGAAGUGCUGCGCCUGGCCUCGCAGGGCAAGGCUAAAGCAGUCCAUCUUAUUUCCACGAUGUCUACAAUACCUAAGUACAUGGGCUACGACGUGAAAGAAGGGGAUCAAGAAUAUGGAUAUGCCACGUCAAAAUACGCGGCCGAGCGCAUGAUGGCUGCAGCGCAUUGGCGUGGUGUCAAAGCAUCCGUCUACCGCUUGCCUUUUGUCACCGCAUCAUCUACCACUGGUCGCUUCCGCCUCGACCGCGGUGAUUUUUUACACCAUUUCAUCGCCGGCUGCGUGGAAAUGGGACUCUUCCCAUCCAUUGACGCCAACCUUGCGGCCGUGCUACCUGUUGACUACCUGUCCAAAACCAUCGUUACCAUGAUGACCAAGGACCUGCACCUCAUCGGCCAAAACUACGACUUUGCCAAUGCGCAUGCACCCACUUUCAGCCACUUCUUCCAGCUCUUGAGUGACGCAAGUACUGGCCAGGAAAUUGUGCCUUUUCCGGCAUGGAGGGAAAGAGCCCUCGAAUACGCAUUGACCCACAGGUCGAGUCUGAUUGCUCGCAUCGCAGCGUUGAUCGAUGGUGUUGUUGACGACAAGGGUGCGACUGCUAUGGUUACUGGACCGCCUUUGAAGGAUAAUGUUUUGGGCUCUACCCACUUCCCUGCACCAUUUUUGGAUGUUGAUUUUGCAGAAAAGUAUGUUCGAUGUAUCAGUACUUGUGCCGGUUAGGAUUUGGUACUUGAAAAUAUAUAGAUUAAUCUUAACUAUGGAAUCUAACUGAAGAUGUACCUCGAGGAGC